AUGGGAAACCUUCCGCCCCCUGCACCGGAAGAGAUGGUCGUUGUGAUGCAGCGGCGCUGUUGUGCUCCGCCCAUCUACGAGGUGCCAGAUUCCCUGAAGAAGUUCCUGUCGGAGUCCGACAUCGCCGACAUGAACAGGCAGUUUCAGAUGAUGGAGUGCAUUGGCGUCUUGUGUGCCCUCGUCUUCGUCCUGUUCUGGGUCUGCCUUGCAGCGAUCAUGGUUGCCGUGGUCGAGGAACCCGGUUUGUGGAAUCUCGCCCAUGGUGCAUGGGGGGCAUAUGGCGUGGCCCAAGCUGUGAAAAUGACGAUGAUGAGUAGCUGGCUAUCUAGCUUCUCUGCUUCGAAGAUGCCAGCUCGGAAGGUUCGUGGGAAGAACUGCGGUGAAUGUGCUCUGGGCUUCAUGCCCCCACAAGGCGGGACGACCAUCGGCGUGGAGGGGGUGUGA